GUCAGCAGAGCUAUUGCAACGCUCAGUAACUAACGCGACGCUCAUCGAAGAGCACGCAAAUUUUGGCAGAGUAUUAAGUCCAUUUUUUGGCUUCGAAAUUUAGACACAGCACGUGCGCGUUGAACCCAUUUUCAACAAUACUUUGAAAUAUUUUAGGCGAUAUGUCGGAGUUGGAUCAGUAUUAUGAUCUCGUUAUCGAGCUGGUUAAACAAGGUGGUCAGCUAAUAAGAGAAAACAUCAACAGGCAAAAAACCAUAUUAACCAAAUCAAGCGAAGUCGAUCUUGUGACAGAAACCGACCAAAUGGUGGAGAAGCUCUUCAUGAAUGGAAUAUCUGCAAAAUUUCCUGAUCACAAAUUUAUUGGUGAAGAGAAUACAGCCGAAUCAAACCGUCGAGUGGAACUGACUGAUGCACCAACAUGGAUCAUCGAUCCUGUCGACGGCACCAUGAAUUUCGUUCACGCUAUGCCUCACACUUGUAUAUCAAUCGCUUUAUACGUGAAUAAAGUGGCUGAAAUCGGCAUUGUGUACAAUCCUGUAAUUGAGCAAUUUUUCACAGCACGAAAAGGCAAAGGAGCUUUUUUAAAUGGUCAGCGAAUUCGAGUCUCUGAUGAAAAAGCUCUGAGCAAGGCCCUGGUCAUGAUGGAAAUGGGUACCAGCAGGGAUCCAGAAAAAGUCAGAGUAGUCAUGGAAAAUCUGAGAGCCAUUGUACCACUUGUUCACGGAACGCGCGCGCUGGGCUCGUGUGCAUUGAACAUGUGCAUGGUAGCAAUGGGAGCUUCCGAUUUAAUGUUCGAGUUUGGCAUUCACAUUUGGGAUAUCGCUGCUGGCGAUCUGAUCGUUCGUGAAGCUGGUGGUGUCUGUAUAGAUCCAGCAGGAGGCGACUUUGAUGCUUUAAGUCGUAGAGUUUUAUGCGCUGCGUCAUCCGAGUUGGCUCAUCAAGCGACGCAAGUCCUCGUUCAGUAUUAUCCCGACAGAGAUUAGAUUAAAAGCUGUAAAAUUGUACGUGCAAUUUUAUCGCAUAGAAUCAAAGCAGCGUUUUAUGAAACAUUCCGAAGCAGAAAUUACGCAAUGCGUUAAUCCGUUAAAAUUGUUAUGUGUCAACAUUCGAUGUCUGAUCAACAACAAAAAAUGUAUAAUAAACAAGUAUAUUUUUCUGUGAAAAUCGAAA